AUGAAGACUGAAGUAAUCACCACCAUGAUCGCCUUGGUCUUCUUCGUGCAUUUCGCUACCACCAUCAGCCCUAACACACAACCCUCAUGGCUCUUCUCUCUCCUGUCACUCUCCCUGGCUGUGGCGGCGGUCACAGUGCCGUUCAUGGUCACCACCACCCGCCAUACGCGUAGGAUUGUCGGAGCUGCCGCCAUCAUCCCGGGGCCACGAGGGUGGCCGCUGGCGCGUCGCCGACCAGAUGGAGAGGUCCGGGGAGGUGGCCAUGAGAGCCUUGCUCCAGAGAGCCUCCCUAGAGAGCAUGGCGGGCAGCGUGUGGGCCUCGAGGGUGCCGCUGUUAGUGAGGAGCUAGGUGAGAUGGUGAGGGAAGGGUAUGAGCUCGUGGGCACGUUCAACCUAGGAGACCACUACUACAAGACACCAUGGGGCCUGAUGGUGGACCUCUGGGGGCUGGGGCCCCUGUGCGGGGGGUUGGCUGCUAGGGUUAGAGGGUAUUUUGGGAAGAUCAUUGAGGAGAGGAGGGUGGCAGGGGACUGCCACGAUAGGGACGACCUGCUCAGCUACAUGUUUUCAUUGCCAGAGGAGGAGAAGUUGGAGGACUCUGAUGUGAUUGCUGUGCUAUGGGAGAUGAUCUUCCGUGGCGUGGACGUCGUGGCGAUACUCCUGGAGUGGGCCAUGGCCCGCAUGUCGCUGCACCCAGACAUCCAAUCCAAGGCCCACGAGGAGAUGGACGCAGCGGUGGGCCUCCGUCGUCCCGUCACCGACUCCGACGUCCCCAACCUUCCCCUCCUCCAAUGGAUCCUCAAGGAGACGCUCCGGAUGCACCCGCCGGGCCCGCUCCUCUCCUGGGCGCGCCUGGCGGUGCAGGACGCGCAGGUGGGCAAGCACGUGGUGCCGGCGGGGACGACGGCCAUGGUGAACGUGUGGGCCAUCUCGCACGACGAGGCCAUCUGGGGAGACCCCUGGGUGUUCCGGUCGGAGAGGGUGUGCCCUGGGCGCAUGAUGGGCCUCGCCACCGCGCAGCUCUGGCUGGGACGCCUCCUGAAGGAGUACAGGUGGCUGCCACCGCCGGCCAAUAAGCCCGUCAAGCUCGCCGAGUGCCUCCGCCUGUCCAUGGAGAUGAAGAAGCCCCUCGUCUGCCGCGCGGUUCCUCGUCGUCGCGGAGGACCUGCUGCUGCUUGA